AUCUCAAGUUUUUGAUUAUCAGUGAUGUGAUACAUGUUACAUGGCGUGACGAACUUAUUGCACAAUGUCAAUCGUUAUGUAACAUACACAAAUAGUUGAACUUGUAAUCGAUCAUAUUCUGUGUAUAAAAUUAGUUAAGUUUCAAUAACUCAAUCGGCUUUCCCUGUGCACACAUCACAUCAUGAUGAGGCUCCAAAUAUUGGCUGAAUUUUCGUGCUUUCUUCUUACGAUUGGUUUCGUAUUCCAAGGAGCGUCCGGGACUGGUUUGGUGAUUGGGAAUCCGCUAAUUGUUGGUGGUGACAAUGCCACCGUUGGGGAGUUUCCAUACCAAGUUUCCAUCAAAGUGUGGGAAGUCAACAACAUUUCUUUGAACAUGCACUUUUGUGGGGGUUUCAUAGUUGACGAAUUACACGUGGUCACCGCGGCCCAUUGUCUCAGAGAUUUUCCGGUAACACUGAUGGAAGUUGUUGCAGGUGCGAGCAACAUGAAAGUUAACGAGUCUACCCAGCAAUAUCGAGAUCUCAGGAGAGGAGUGAUGCACCCCUUGUAUAAUCGAACAACGAGCUCCCACGACGCGGGUGUGAUCACUCUGGCAGAGCCGUUGGAAUGGACCGAGUGGGUGCAACCUAUCCCCCUCAGACCAGUUGGCACUCCUCUGCCAGAAAUGAUAAGAUGCGUAAACACUGGGUGGGGAUCUAGCCACCCAGAUGGCAUCAGCUUCCCUCUGCCCGAUGUACUUCAAAAAGUAGAAUUGGUGACUUAUCCGUGGGAAUUUUGUAGACAAGCUUAUCAAGAUGAUAAGAACGUUGAUGAGAGCAUGAUGUGUGCGGGAUGGCCAUUUGAGGAUGGUCACGGUGCCUGCAGCGGGGAUUCUGGAGGUCCUCUCGUCUGCUUUGAGGACGGGGUCACUCCCCAAUUGGCUGGGAUCGUAUCCUGGGGCCCUGUUUUGCCAUGUGGGUUAGCCGCCUUCCCCGGAGUUUUCGCCGAUGUCAGCCACCCAACAGUGGGUGCUUUCCUGGCAGAGGAAAUUGCUCGCCCAUGAAUAAAUUAACUGAGUUGUAUAAUAUUUGUAAUCAGAGUAUCAAAAUAAAAAUAAAAUGACUGCAGACAUAAUCAGCA